CACCAAGAGUAGCGAAGACAGCAAAUUACCUAAGAUGUGAGAAGUCCUCCCGCAGUGAAAUAAAAUCUUGUUUUCAAAAUGGACCGAAGUAAGCGGAAUUCAAUAGCAGGAUUUCCACCACGCCUGGAGCGCGCUGAAGACUUUGAUGGUGGCACUGGAGAAGGGACUGCAUCCCAGCUAGGAAGAGUUUGUACUUCUUCAUACAGAGCCCUGAUAAGUGCCUUUUCCAGACUUACUCGUCUUGAUGACUUCACAUGUGAGAAAAUUGGCUCUGGUUUCUUCUCUGAGGUGUUCAAGGUAAGGCACAGAACUUCAGACCAGGUUAUGGCUUUGAAGAUGAACACACUGAACAGCAACAGAGCAAACAUGCUGAAAGAGGUUCAACUUAUGAAUAGACUCUCACAUCCGAACAUCUUAAGGUUUAUGGGUGUCUGUGUGCAUAAAGGACAGCUGCACGCUCUUACUGAGUACAUCAAUUGUGGUAACCUGGAACAGCUACUAGAUGGCAACCAGCAUCUGCCCUGGACAGUGAGGGUGAAACUGGCAUAUGACAUUGCUAUGGGAAUCAGUUAUCUUCACUAUAAAGGCAUUUUCCACCGCGACCUUACAUCCAAGAACUGCUUAAUCAAACAUGAUGAGAAUGGAUACUCAGCAAUAGUUGGAGACUUUGGUUUAGCAGAGAAAAUUCCUGAUCACAGUGAGAAGUUACCAGUUGUGGGUUCACCCUUCUGGAUGGCACCAGAAGUUCUCAGAGAUGAACCCUACAAUGAAAAGGCAGAUGUGUUCUCCUAUGGCAUAAUUCUGUGUGAGAUUAUAGCAAGAAUACAGGCAGACCCAGACUAUCUCCCUCGCACAGAGAAUUUUGGGUUGGAUUAUGAUUCCUUCCAGCACAUGGUGGGAGACUGUCCUCCUGACUUCCUCCAGCUGGCCUUCAACUGCUGUAACAUGGAUCCAAAGUUGCGUCCUUCAUUUGCUGAUAUUGUCAAAACACUGGAGGAAAUGUUAAACCGCCUGAGAAAUGAGGACUCAGAGAGAGACAGAAAGUUCUUGAACCUUGACAACAGUGAAAGAAAACCAAAAGGCUCAAUUGACAAAGGACCAGGAGUAAAACGUUUGAGUUCCUUGGAUGAUAAGAUCCCACCCAAGUCACCCCGUCCACGUCGGAAUAUUUGGUUGUCACGCAGCCAGUCAGAUAUAUUCGCCCGCAAACCUUCCAGGAAGAUAAACGUGCAGGACCCCUACUACACACCAAGCAAAGGUUUAGGCCGGAAAGUGAAUCCCUUCAGUGCCCGGGAGGACCUCAAGGGGGGAAAGAUCAAAUUCUUUGACAUGCCAAGCAAGUCUGUGAUUUCCCUCGUGUUUGACUUACAUUCUCCAGAGGCAGGUGGAGGCCUAAAAGCCAGCCAGUCCCAGUUUCGGCAGGCAUAUAGCACAGACUGGCAGGAACUGUCCCUUCUUCCUGGGAGGAGAUGCAGAUCACUUCCACUCUCUCCUGAAUUACCACACAAGGAAUAUGGCCUGUUUGGGGGACUGUCUUCAACUGUUGGCAGGUGUGACCCAGCCCAGUUAGGUGCAGAGGUUCGGCAAAAACUCUUGAGUAGCACUAAAUAUGGUGUGUCAGAGAUUCCUCCCUUUCAUGCCAAGCCUCAUAGACCAGAGUUUCUUCUUGCACCAGGACAAGAAGAGGAUAUGGACUGUUCAGAUGGGCCAGUGGCCCAGGAGGAAAAUGGGUUUUGCCCCGUUGAGAACGCAUGUGGAGAUCCAGCAUGUGAUCAGCCAUUAGUGCUGGCCCUGUCUGGGCCACUAUCUUACAAAAAGCUCCCGGUUGAGAAUUCAGUGAACUCUGAGGGACACGGCUCCCCACAAGUGUUUGCAGGUUGUCUCCCUUCUGAAGAGAUGGAGGUAGAAGAUGAUCUACUGAAAAUUACUCUGUUAGAGUCUACAAAGCCUCUGUUCAGUGUUAGUCCUCCCACUGAGCUGAAGAGAGAGGCAUGGUCCUUCAGGGAGCAGGAUGGGGACAGUCCUGCCCUGUUGUCUCAGACCUCCUCCAACAUCUCAGCAAGUGGCAGCACAAAGUCAACUUGUGACAUAUGAAGAGAGGGCUUAAACUGAAUGUGUCCUUGAAGGAACAGUUGUUCCCAGCUGAUUAAACUCUGGUUCUCUGCAGUGCUGGGCUUCACAUUUGAAAGAGACUCAACAGAUGGUGGAAGCUGGCUGUCAAGACAGAUAGCUGCAGACAGUAUCUGAAAAGACUGAUUAUUUUAUAAAACUUUAUUUCAAAUUGUGUUUGUUCCCUUUCCUGAUUUGCAUUGGGAGGGGGAACUAGUCCAGCCAGAAUGGCCAUGUGGGUCCCACAGUCCUUCCAAGAGGCAGCAGCCAGAGCAGGCACCAUGUAAACAGUUUGACCUGGAUUUUCAGCAUGGGGCAUUUUAAGGCCUUAAGCUCCAUGUAGAGUAGAAAGAAUGACACUUAAAUUUUUCCCUCUUUCUUCUAACUGAACAGAUGCUCUAAGCCACUGCAGAUUUUUCAUUAACAUUCUCUGCAUCAGUGCAUGUGAGUUGGAGCCUCUGUUUCAGAAACAGGCACAGAAGUCUUUCUGAACUAUGUUGAGCAGAUAGGGACGCUCUCUGGUCCCAGAGCUGCUUUGAAUGCUGUUGUAGCAUUAAACAAGCUCUUCUUUCAAAAGCAGCAAAAACAAAACCCCUCAUGCUGGUCACAAUCUGCAGGCUGAGUCACAUGACGAGUACUUUGCAAUUAACAAGAAAAAUCUGUUCCCUGGUGUUUAAGUUUUCCCUUGGGAUUUAGUAAUGAUGUUUAAUACAUUUGUGUAGGGAAGCUUGCUCCCUUGUACAGCACUUUAUGUACCUCAGCCCAAAUGUGGAGGAAGAUUUGCCCGGGGCACAGAGUAGCAUAUUCUAGGCAUUGCCAUUUCUGGGCUUCUGAAGAAACUGCUCCUGAAAGUACCAGCUGUACUGAGCUUUUGGCAGUGGGUGGGCUCUUAUCUCUGAAGAGCUGAGUGGACAUCAUGAUGUGUUUCUGCAGAAUAGUUAAAUACAGUAGCUGCAUCACAAUUGACUAUUAUCACUAAGCUGGAAGGGUCCCAUUCACCUUCCUCUCUGGUACAACAUCCCAUCUCACUGAUUUCAUUGCAGUAAUGAUGGCUCCUCACUAGCCUGCUUGACAGAUGACAGGGAUCUCAUGCUAAGGGGAAGUUGCCAGCAGUGUUGUAGCCCCACAAGCUCUUGGAGAGAACAACUCACAGGAGAGCUUUGAAUUGUCAAACAGAAAAAAAUUAGCUUGUCCCAAGUUGACUUUUUGUGUCCUCUGCAGAAAGAAGCUGCUGUCUUUAUUGGUUUCUUCUGUCACUGAAUAGGAUGAUUUUUUUUUUAAUUUUUUUUUUUUACUUCCCUCCAUCAGCAGGUGCUUGUGAAAGAAGCAGCAACGUAAGUUUUAAUGCUGCUUGCUGGAACCAGAAUCAACAAUCCCUGCUCUGGGAUGCAAUGUAUGGGAAAGCUUGUUCUAUGACAUUUAUGCAACAUCCUGCCAUUUUCUACUAUCAUCAUCUCAAAACCCAUGGGAUUUUUAAAAUUUUAUUUUAUGGGGUUUUUUUAACCUAUUAUCAUUCCUAAUUGAGGUAAACAUUGCACAUCUGCUGAGCAGAUGGUGAUGCAGCAGAAUCCAGAAUUUCAUCCAGGUAACUUGUUACAUUCUUCCUGCUCUCUUGUAAGGCUGGAUACUGUAAGCUGGUCUCUGAUAAAAGCCAGACUAUUUCUACUCUUCUCCUGUCUCAAAGAAAGGAUGGAGAAAGCCUUAGCUCUUUCUUGGCUGGGAUGUGUAUCUUUCCUGAGGUGUAGGUAGCUAUUCUAUGAGUUACAGCUAUGACUUCCUCUAGUGAAGUGUGUGUUAACCUGAGCAGCAGUUCUCCCUUUGCAGUGGCUGCCAUGAAUGAAAUGAGAAACCCAGUGUUGCGGAGUUAUUUAAUACAGUCCAUGCCAGAUUAGGCAGCUGUUGGCAGUUUGAAGGAGAAAAUGCCUGUGCUCACUAAGAUCACACCUUUUGGCCCACACCUGUCUGCGUGUCUGCAGAGUGCAGAGCAGCUUGUACGGCUGCCACUGUGUGUAACUUCCUUUGAGAACAGAGAAACAGAAGAACUCAGUGGCCUGGCCUGGUGCCUGCUUGCUUCUUUUGUUUUGGUUUGGGUUUUUUUUAAUCUUUGCUACAAUUGUAUCUUCUGGGAAGGAAACCAUCAGCACCAGCUUCUGUUGUCACAAUAUGCAUUUAGGUGUGUGACUUCAGACAAACAAGCAAUAAUUAGUAAUUUACUUUUGGAUCACCGGGCCAUGAUAAGCUGUCCAGCAGCCUGAGCAGAGAGCUUACACACACACACCUCUGGCUGCCCUGGGGCUCCCUGAGAGAGCCCUGGCUGUCAGUGCUGACACCUCAUCAUGAAGCCUGUUGCCCUCUCUGACACUGCAAAGCUUGAACAGUCAGGCUUGGGGUACCCCUGGGGCACCCACUGCAGUGACCUCCCUGUUCUCUUGAACCAUUGUCUUUAGGUUUCCCUGCCCUGAACAGCUCUUGCAAAGCAGCACAGCUAAAAUUUUAUUUUCUUAACUGUCUGCUCUAAGCACAACCAACUGACAUGCAUUGGGCACAACUAUCAACUCUUCUGGCUCUUGGUACUGAGAUGGAGAUGUCAGAAACAGAAAUGCCAAGGACUAGUAGCUCAGGCCUUUAUUUGGAAUGGGAAGAGGCACGUGUAUGAAACUGGAGUAAAAGGUCAUUUUAAAAACUGCAAAGUGGUUGCUGAAACCCAGUGUUGCUAAGGAUGCCGUUGGAAGUCACUACAUCUCAUCCCUUUGGCUGCAUAAAGCUGAAUCUAGGCUGCACCUAGUAACUCCUAGGUUUUGUGCCUACUGAGGUUGCUUUUCUACAGAGGGCCAUUUUCUGACAGCUACUGAUAAACAUGAAUUUGAACAUGUGGUCAGCAAACUCCUUGUUUUAUAGUGAUGUGACAAAGUUUUAUGGUGAUUGGAUUUUACCGUGAUUUUGACUUUACAGGAGCAGUUCUUGCUCUUUUAAAGUACUUUCUACAUAUUGCUACGCAUCUCCCUGAAGAGAUCAAAGAUGUUUUUAAUUCACUUUAAAUCUAUGUUGAGUUCAUUUAAAUGUCUGUUAUAAGCUAUUUUUGUUGUGGUUGCAGGUUGAUAAAAUGCAGCCAAGAGAAUGCAUGUGAAUUGCUCUCAAAAGCAGCACAGCCAAGGGGCUGUAGCAGACUUGUACUUGGAGAGGCAUUGAUGUAUUAUGUGUAACAGAACAUUGGUAUUUUUUGCCAGUACAACUAAAGACACUUGAAUAAUUCCUGUUUGCACUUAAUGCUAUUGUUUAUAUUGCAUGUCACUACAUUUCUAUGCAAAACAAAUGACCUUUUUCUUUGGGAGGAGGGGCAGCCAGAUAUUUGAUUAAGUAUAAAGAUCUUUGCGAGAUGAUCUAUUUUCAUAUUUAUGAAGGAGUUUUACGUCUUAAUAUUUUGCAGUCUGUAAAUAGCUGAACUUGUAAUUAAAGGCUUAGGAAGAAGUUUGUAGCCUGUGUAUAAUAGUAAGUUAACACUGCCAGAAAAAAAAUCUUUGCGAAACAACUUUUCUAAUAUUGAGGAUAUUUAUGAAUAUGUAAAGAAAGCACGUCUUGUUUUUAUGUUGAUUGACCUUCUGACUUUUUUGAACUAUAGAAAUGGUGUAUGUUUUAUUGGAACUGCAAUAAGAAGUAACCAAAGAUGAAUCCACUUAAAUAUUUUCAUAAUUUUUUCUUGGUCAGGUUUUGUAAACUUUCCCAACUUGCUUUCAA